AUUUAUAAUUAGGGUGGAUAAAUACCCUGUGCAAAGUCCCCCCGAGCUGCAGGAGCAGGAGAAAUCCGCUGUGAGUCCGAGCUGAUAAAGAAUUCCGGCUCUCUGGUACCUCCAGCUGUGCCAGGGAGUUCACUCCGGCUGAUUUCGUGUCCUCUUUGGUUCCUGUGGCCUCUGCCCUCCAUGGCCCUCCUGGCUCUCACCCUGGCACUGCUGGCAAUGACCGUGGCCACCACAGCCUAUGAGGUGAAGCCCCUGGACAUGGCCCCAGACUCCUUCGAUGACCAAUACCAGGGCUGUGGCCCUGCCAUGAAGGCAGCACUGCCGGCCCUGAACCGCUCAGAUUUCCAGAAGAAUCCUCUGUUUGCCAAGGUCUGGCCAAAGGCUGUGGCAGAGUGGCAGGGAAGGGUGUCCCCUGUGUCCCCUCUGUCAUCCUCAGCCCAGGCCAUCGCUCUCAUGGCCUACACCAUGGAUGACCUGCACGAGCAGUUCAAUAACGAAGUGAGAGUGGCCGGACGCUCCCCCCAGGUGUACCGGGACAAGUUCCACUUCAAAACGCUGCAUUUCCUGCUGACUGACGCCCUGGCCACACUGAAGGACAAGCAUGGACAGAAAUGUCACUGUGUGUACCGGGGGGUGGACAAGUACAAGUUCAAAGCAAAUGUUGGCGACAUCGUCCGGUUCGGUCAAUUCGCAUCAGCGUCGCUUUGUGAAAAAACAGGCAAAUAUUUUGGGAAAACCACAGUGUUCAAGGUGACCACAUGUCAUGGCGCAUACAUCAAGAACUUCUCCAAAUAUCCCCUGGAAGAGGAGGUCCUGAUCCCACCCUUCGAGAAGUUCAAGGUCACCGAAGUCAUCGAGGAAGCGAAGAACGUGCAAAUCCACCUCGAACCUAACGGGACCUACAGCAAAUACAACUGCGAGUGGCUGAAAGGUGGGAGCAUUCCAAGGGCCACUUGCCAACUUGGAGGACUCCUCCUGGCCACAACUGUCCUGGCAAUGGCCACUGGGAUACUCUAAGCCACGAAGCCACCAAGGUCAUGAGGUCAGCAAGGUCGCUGUGGCAACCAUGGCGCCAAGGCCACCAAAGUCACUAUGGUCACCAUGAUCACCAAGACAACCAGAACCCCCAGAGAAACGUGGCCACCAAGGCUCCCAAGGCCACCACUGCCACUAUGGCCACCUUGGCGCCAUGGCUUCCAUGAGUUCACUGUGGCCACCACUGGCACUGUGGUCAUUGCAUCCACCACUCUGGCCACCAUGGUCUCUAUAAGCACCAAGGCCACUGUGACCAUCAGGAUCACCAAGACUGUCCGAGCCACAAGGCUGCCACAGCCACUGUGGCCACUGUGGCCAUCAAGGCCACUGUGCAAAGCAAUUCUACUAAAUAAUUCUAUCAGAACAAUUCUUCUGAAUAAUUCUAUCAAAUCAAUUGUAUCAAAACAAUUCUCUUAAAUUGUUCUAUCAAAAUAAUUCUGUCCAAUCAUUCUAUCAAAACAGAUCCAUUAAAUAAUUUUGUCAAAGCAGCAAAAAGAGACAAUUCUCAGGCAGGGCUCAAUGUCACUCCCCA